AUGCAGGUCGGCUGCGUCGUGUGCUUCUCGCCCAUCGGUGACAACUGGCGAACCCGUCUUCGGCAGUUCCCAUCACUGGUCAACUGCUGCACCAUCGACUGGUAUACAGCCUGGCCCGCGGAUGCGCUCAUGGCAGUGGCCACCAAGUUCCUCUCCUCGAUCCCGGACCUGGACGAUGAGGUCCGGCAGAAUUGCGUGGAGAUGUGCCAGUUUUUCCAUUCGGAGACCAAGAAGUUGGCAAAGCGCUUCGAGGACGAGUUGAAGCGCAUCUACUACUCAACGCCCACGUCCUUCUUGGAACUCAUCCAGACGUUCAAGUCUCUGCUUGGGGACAAGCGGGCCUCGAUCAGCAGCCUGAAGUCCAAGUAUGAGGUGGGGCUGGAGAAGCUGACAACAACGGAACAGUCGGUGGAGGGUAUGAAGCAGGAGCUUAUCGCGCUGCAGCCAAAACUGGUGGAAAAAAACAAGGAGGUCGGGGAGAUGAUGAUUGUCGUGAACGAGGAGAGCGCGAAGACGGAGAAAGUCAAGGAGGUGGUGGCGGCCGACGAGGCGGUGGCUUCCGAGGCAGCGGCCCAGUCCAAUGCCAUCAAGAAGGAGUGCGAAGAAGCUUUGGCAGAAGCCAUGCGAGGGCCCCGGAACAUGGGGAGGCCUGCCUUGAACGAGGCGCUGAAAGCCCUGGACACGCUUUCCUCCAAGGAAAUUGCGGAGGUCAAGGCCAUGAAGAACCCCGCGGCGCCAGUGCGCCUGGUGCUGUCGGCGGUGUGCGUACUGCGCAACGUCAAGCCUGUGCGAGUGAAGGAUGACACGGGCAAAAUGGUGGACGACUUCUGGCCGGCGGCGGUGAAGAUGAUCUCGGAGAUGGGCUUUCUUCCAGCUCUGCAGGCGUUCGACAAGGACAACAUCCCUCCCGCAACCAUCAAGAAGAUCUCGGAGUACACGGUGAAGGAAGACUUCCAGCCAGAUCGAGUUCAGAAAGUGUCCACUGCUGCCUGGGGCCUCUGCAUGUGGGUGCGAGCCAUGGAGACUUACGACCGCGUGGCCAAGGUGGUGGCUCCCAAGAAGGAGAAACUGGCAGAGGCUGAAGCCGAGUACAACGGCAUGAUGGAUCAGCUCAAUGCCAAACGUGCGGAGUUGAAGAAAGUGGUGGACGAGCUGACUGCCUUGAACAACAAGCUGGCCGCCCUGAGGCAGGAGCAGGACAAUCUCACAGUAGAGGUGGAUCUCUGUCAGAAGAAGCUGGAGCGUGCCGGCCCCCUGGCUGAGACACUCAUCACCUCCUUGGGCGGGGAGAAGACACGCUGGACCCAGAACGCCAGGGAUUUGGCCGAUGACUACGUGAACCUCACCGGCGAUGUGAUCGUGGCCAGUGGGCUGAUUGCCUAUCUGGGGGCUUUCACCCCAGACUUCCGCGAGAGCGCCGUGAAGUCGUGGGCGGAGGAGAGCCUUCAGCGCCAGAUCCCGGGCUCCGAGAAGUUCUUCCUGGAGAAAUGCCUCGGGGAGCCGGUGAAGGUCCGUGCCUGGGUGGUGGCCGGGUUGCCGAAUGACUCCUUCAGCAUAGAGAAUGGCAUCAUCAUGGACAAGGCAGGCACGGCGGUGAGGUGCUUAGCAAAAGUGAGCGUGAGAUGGAAGCUUUGCAACGCCCAUGGGAUGUGCCAGCCGCUUCAGAUCGUCGUGGCCAAAUUCACCGACUCAGACUACUUGAAGCGCUUGGAAGGUUGCAUUCAGUUUGGCAACCCCAUGCUGAUCGAAAACAUGCUGGAGGACACAGACCCGGCGGUGGAGCCCGUUUUGCUGCGGCAGACCUUCAAAAAGGGCAGCGCGGUCAUGAUCCGCCUGGGCGAGUCCACCAUCGAGUGGGCGAAGAACUUCAAGUUCUACCUCACCACCAAGUUACGGAACCCGCACUACCUGCCAGAGGUGGCAGUGAAAGUCACGUUGCUGAACUUCAUGAUUACACAGGUGGGCCUUCAAGAUCAGCUGCUGAACAUCGUCGUGGAGAAGGAGCGGCCUGACUUGGCCGAGGAGAAGGCAAGGUUGGUGGUGGAAGGUGCUGAGAACAAAGAGCAGCUAGAGUUGACGGAGAACAAGAUCCUGGAUGUUCUGAGCUCGUCUCAGGGCAACAUCCUUGAGGAUGAAACGGCGGUGCAGGUGCUCUCCGCAUCUAAGCAGCUGUCGAACGAGAUUGCCCAGAAGCAGCAGACGGCGGAGACCAUGGAGCAGCAGAUCGACCAAGCGCGGCUGCAGUAUGUCCCAGUGGCGGCCCAGACAGCCAUCCUCUUCUUCUGCAUUGCUGAUUUGGCCAACAUUGACCCGAUGUACCAGUACUCGCUGCCCUUCUUCAUCAACUUGUUCAAAGCUGCAAUCACAAAGUCGGACAAGUCUGAUGACAUUGAACGACGAAUCGAGAUCCUGAACGAUUUCUUCAUGGAGAUGCUGUACAAGAACAUCUGCCGCUCGCUCUUUGAGAAGCACAAGUUGCUGUUCUCAUUCCUGCUCACGAUGCGCUUGCGUAUCACCACUGGCAAGGUGUCUAUGUCUGACUACCGCUUCCUCUUGACAGGAGGCACUGCGAUGGAGGAGCCACCUGCGAAGCCGGCCGAUUGGGUGCCAGACAGGUGCUGGCUGGAGAUCUUUAAGCUCAGCAAGCUGGACGAGAUCUACGCUGCCAUCCCGGACAGCUUCAUCACCCAGCCCAAGAGGUGGAAGGAGGCCUACGACUCGUCGGAUCCUAUGAAGCCGGGCGCUUGGACGGCGAAGCGGCUGGACUCGAGCCAGUCGCUCCCCGAGUACUUGACCGAGACCCGCACAGCUCCCGACAGCCUCAAGGGCCUCAGCGAGUUUCAGAAGCUUCUGGUGCUGAGAUGUGUGCGACCGGACCGCGUCCUGCCGGCCGUGAUGACAUACGUCGCAGCGGAGAUCGGCGAGAAGUUUGUGACCCCGCCACCCUUCGACAUUGCUGGGAGCUACUCCGACUCGUCAACGACCUCGCCCUUGAUUUUCAUCCUGUCACCAGGGUCUGACCCUUCCUCGGCUCUCUACAUGUUUGCAGCAGACAAGGACACCUCGCUCGGCUCUCGCUGGCCAGGCCAGGGCCAGGGCCCCAAGGCGGAGCGCCUACUCUCAGAGGCCACCAGCUCCGGCAGCUGGGUGCUGCUGCAGAACUGUCACCUGUUCGCUUCAUGGAUGCCCAAGUUGGACAAGAUCCUGGAGCAGAUGGACCCCAAGCAGACCAAUACGGACUUCAGGUUGUGGCUGACGUCGUACCCAUCGGACAAGUUCCCAGUCUCGAUCCUGCAGAACAGCGUGAAGGUCACCAACGAGGCUCCACAAGGGCUGCGCAUGAACCUCGUGGGCUCCUACCUCAUGGAUCCCAUCAGCAACGAGGAGUUCUUCGAGGGGUGCAAGAACCCACAGGCGUUCAAGCGGCUGCUGUAUGCCCUGUGCUUCUUCCAUGCCGUGAUCCAGGAGCGAAGGCUGUUCGGGCCCCUGGGCUGGAAUAUCCCCUAUGAGUUCACUCAGAACGACCUGCGGAUCUCUGCGCGGCAGCUUCAGAUGUUCAUCGACGAGUCCCCGGAUCAGAUCCAGUACAAGGCGAUCAACUACUUGGCUGGGGAGUGCAACUAUGGCGGCCGCGUCACCGAAGCGCAGGACAGACGCUUGUUGAUGACAUUGCUGCUCGACUACUACAACGAGGAUGUGCUCAAGCCAGGCCACAGCCUGUGUGCGGAGCACCCGAGCUUCAAGGUGCCUGCGGCCGGAUCCAUGGAGGAGACUCUGGACAGCAUUCGGCAGGUGCCUAUGGUAAUACCGCCAGGAAUUUACGGCUUCCACGAAAAUGCGAAUCUCACCAGAGAGCAGAAUGAAACCUACGCCAUGAUGGAGAAUUUGCUCUUGACAGUGGGACAGGCUCGACAGCUUGUAGGGGAGCAGGCCUAG